AAAGGCAAGAAAUUCAGCAUGUUGUGUUGUUUCGCCCGUUUGAAACGUGAGUUUACGAGGCGUCCUUGAACGCGGCGCAGGUCUAAACCAGAGGAGGAGCUCCCGACGAACAAGGUGGACAGAAUGUACACGGACACCGAGUCCGAGUCCACACGCUGUUUACGGGCUUAAAUACCAAGUAGAGCCGCGGAACUGAAGCUACCGCUACAUCAGCACCGACAUGUACGAGUAGUUUCGUAAGUUUUUCUUUUUUUUUUCAGCUGACAGGUCCGGACCGCCGGAACCAAACCGACCUCAGUCCUGCUGAGCAGCAGCAGAAUGGACGCUGGAUAAACUCAGCAUGGAUCUCAGAGUUUUGCUGUCACUGCUGCUGUUUUCGUGUCACCGAGGGGUCGCUUCAGGCUCCAGGAUCCUCAGGAACCAGCCUGCUGGACUGUCCUCAAACACAACAGUGACCAUGACGUCUGAGAGCAGCAGCGACGAGUGCGACCUUGUGAUGAACCGCAGUGCAGCAGAUCGCUGUGCGUUCGUGAAGAACACACCGGACUGCUCCAUGGAGGAUGGCUUCAUCAACUACCUUUACACUGCCUUCUGCCUGCUACCUCCCAACCUCACACCUCUGGCCAUCACUCUCUGUAUUAUAUGGCUGUUCUUUCUGUUUGUAGUUCUUGGACUCACUGCUUCUAAGUUUUUCUGUCCCAACCUGUCAGCCAUCUCCUCCACCCUACACCUCAGUCACAACGUGGCCGGCGUAACAUUUCUGGCUCUCGGCAACGGAGCUCCGGACAUCUUCAGCGCCAUGGCAGCGUUCUCCCACCCACACACUGCUGGGCUGGCGGUCGGGGCCUUGUUUGGAGCUGGUAUAUUUGUCACCACAGUCGUGGCGGGAAGUGUGGCGCUGAUAAAACCAUUCGCUGUGGCCUCCCGCCCAUUUCUACGUGAUGUUAUCUUCUACAUGGGGGCAGUGUUUUGGACUUUUCUCAUGUUGUACAGAGGAACUACGACGCUGGGAGAAACACUGGGCUACCUGAGCCUCUACGUGGUGUAUGUCCUGACUGUCAUCAUCAGUGCCUACAUCUACAACCGGAGAAAAUAUUCAGUGAACACGAGCAUCCAGAAUGUUUCACAUGUUCCAGCAGAGUUUAAUUCGUCCGACUCGUCAGAUGAUGACGUUCCCUGCCUGACUGGUGGGGCUAUCCAGCAGGACUAUGAGUCGGAGUACAGGCCGCUUCUGCCCUACUCCGAGUCCACGAGUCAGAUCCUGCUGAGCUCUCUGAAUCCAGUGGACCACAGAAAGUGGAGGAGGAAAUCAUGGAGGUGGAGGGCUCUUAAAGUAGUCAAGACUCCUCUAGAGGUGCUGCUGCUGAUCUGCAUCCCUGUGGUCGACCCUGACAAAGAAGACAAAAACUGGAGACGCCCACUAAACUGCCUCCAUCUGAUCACUGCUCCGCUGGUGUGUGUGCUCGCUUUCCAGUCUGGAGCAUAUGGAGAAUAUAUGAUCCAAGGGCAGUUUCCUCUCUGGCUGCUGGUUCUUCUGCUGGGACUUUUCCUGUCUGCUAUUGUCUUCUGCACAACCACCAAUGACUGUCCUCCCAAAUAUCAUUCACUCUUUGCUCUUUUGGGCUUCGUGGUGAGCGCAGUGUUAAUCAGCGCAGCGGCCUCCGAAGUGGUCAGUCUCCUGCACAUGCUCGGGGUGGUGCUGAGUCUCAGCAACACUGUGCUGGGGUUGACUCUCUUGGCCUGGGGCAACAGCAUAGGAGACUGCUUUUCUGACAUCACCAUCGCCCGGCAGGGUUACCCACGGAUGGCUAUAUCUGCCUGCUUUGGAGGCAUCAUUUUCAACAUGCUGCUUGGAGUGGGUUUGGGAUGUUUGCUGCAGAUGGUUAAAACACAGUCGGAUGUGCAGUUUGAAACGGAGGGUUUGUUGACGUGGGUUCUUGCAGGAUCUCUGGGUUUGUCUUUGGUCCUGUCUUUUGUCAUCGUUCCACUGUGCCAGUUCCACUUGGGUCGAACCUACGGGAUCUUUCUCCUCGUCUUCUAUGUCAUCUUUCUAAUCGUUGCCCUUCUCACCGAGUUCGGCGAGAUCCACACUAUAUCGACCUGACACUGUGGCCCGUCUGAAAAAAUGAGACGUCGCCACAGCAUACUGGAGCAGAGGCUGCGAUGAGUGCAGACAAAUGCCAUCUUCUUCUCCACAUAACUUUAAUGAACUAUUUAUAAGUGAAUCAGAAGUACAUUUUGUUGCACUCACAGCCAAAGCGUGGUUUGCUAGUGACACUAGGCAGCAAAGGAAAGACUUUUCUGCUCAGGGAGGCAUGAACCUAAUCACACUGUGCCUUUAUUCAGCUUCUUGUUUGUGUUCACUGGAGCUGUGAUUGCACUUUGUGAGUCAAGAGAGACAACAUGGGUUGUAAAGUUGUAAUUUAAAACGUUGUAAAUUAUCUCAAUGUACUGUAAAUCAAAAUGUUAACUACCUUGUACAAAGCUGCUUUUGGGAUAAUUAAAUAAUUUUGGUUUGGUAUUUGUUUUUAAA